AUGUCUCUGCUUCAAUACCCCCCACCCGUGGAUUAUUCUGCGCAACUCAAUGGCUUCAAGGAUUUUCUAAAGGGGUUCAAGACUCUCCAAUCGACCUCUGAAGCAGCUGCAACCGAGGCGUUGGAAGAUCUCAACAUCGACGACAGCCGGACAAGUGAUGAAUAUGAUUUCAUGGAUGAUGCUGAUGAAGUGGGAGGGGCAACCACCCGAUCAGCGAGGAGGCAGCGGGAGCCGAAGCUCAAGUACAUGCAGAUUCUGCAGGAUGUCGCAAACCGUGAUAAGUCCAAUAUCCUGAUUGAGUUGGAUGACCUUUCAAUUUUCGAGAAGUCUAUGACCGAAGGCGAGGACCUGAAGCUCGUUGAGUCGAUCGAGAAGAACACAAAACGCUACAUCGAUGUCGUCUCUCAAGCGGUUGACGAAGUUAUGCCUAAGGAGACGAAGGAUGUCACUUUCAAAGACGAUGUGCUCGAUGUGAUCAUGUCCCAGCGUGAGAAGCGCAAUGAAACCAUGGAAACUGCAAUGGAGGCCGAUAUGGAGGCCGCUACUACUGCAUCCAUGUUCCCUCCGGAACUCACUCGCAGAUAUACCCUCAACUUCAAGCCCCUCACACCUUCGGGGUCAAGCACUGAGCGCGCUGGUAAAGCCCUCGCCGUCCGAAACGUGCGAGGUGAGCACCUGGGUAGUUUGAUUACCGUCCGCGGUAUCACAACCCGUGUUUCCGAUGUCAAGCCCGCGGUUCAGAUCAAUGCCUACACUUGUGACCGCUGUGGUUGCGAAGUAUUCCAGCCCAUUACCACCAAGCAGUUCCUUCCCUUGAGCGAGUGUUUAUCAGAGGAAUGCAAGCGGAACAACUCGAAGGGCCAGCUAUUCUUGUCAACUCGCGCAUCAAAGUUUGUUCCCUUCCAGGAGGUGAAGAUCCAAGAGAUGGCCGAGCAGGUCCCUGUGGGCCACAUCCCUCGCACUCUGACUAUCCACUGUCACGGUGCCCUCACCCGCCAGCUGAACCCCGGCGAUGUUGUCGAUGUGGCUGGCAUCUUUUUGCCCACCCCCUACACUGGCUUCCGAGCCAUUCGCGCUGGUCUGCUGACCGACACUUACUUGGAGGCUCAGCAUAUCACUCAGCACAAGAAGUCCUACAGUGAUAUGGGCAUGGAUGCCCGCACCCUUCGCAAGAUCGAGCAGCACAUGCGUUCCGGCAAUAUGUACGAGUACCUUUCAAAGUCCAUUGCCCCCGAAAUCUACGGACAUCUUGAUGUCAAGAAGGCAUUGCUGUUGCUGUUGAUCGGUGGUGUUACGAAAGAGAUGGGUGACGGCAUGCACAUCCGUGGUGAUAUCAACAUCUGCUUGAUGGGUGACCCUGGUGUGGCCAAAUCCCAGCUCCUUCGAUACAUCACCAAGGUUGCUCCCCGUGGCGUGUACACCACCGGACGAGGAAGCAGUGGUGUUGGUCUCACUGCUGCAGUUAUGAGAGAUCCAGUCACCGAUGAGAUGGUCCUGGAGGGAGGUGCCCUUGUCCUUGCAGACAACGGUAUCUGCUGUAUUGAUGAGUUUGACAAGAUGGAGGAUUCAGACCGAACGGCCAUUCACGAAGUGAUGGAACAGCAGACCAUCUCCAUCUCCAAGGCUGGUAUUAACACUACCCUCAAUGCCCGUACCUCCAUUCUGGCCGCCGCCAACCCUCUGUAUGGUCGGUACAACCCCCGGGUAUCACCCGUGGAGAACAUCAACCUGCCGGCUGCUUUGCUCUCUCGUUUCGAUGUCAUGUUCCUGCUCCUGGAUACCCCAUCCCGUGAAGGUGACGAGGAAUUGGCUUCCCACGUCACCUACGUCCACAUGCACAACAAGCACCCAGAGAGUGAGCAUGCGGGUGUCAUGUUCACUCCUCACGAGGUCCGUCAGUACGUUGCCAAGGCACGAACGUACCGUCCUACUGUCCCUGCCAACGUUUCCGACUACAUGGUUGGUGCUUAUGUGGCCAUGCGCAAGAGACAGAAGAUCGACGAGUCCAAGAAGAGACAGUUCUCCCACGUCACCCCCCGUACUCUGCUCGGUAUCAUUCGUCUUUCGCAGGCUCUUGCUCGCCUUCGAUUCAGCGAGGAGGUCGUUCGCGAGGAUGUCGAUGAGGCUCUGCGUCUCAUUGAGAUCAGUAAGGCUUCGCUGUACACUGACGGCGAACAAGGUUCCGACAACACCCCAUCCAGUAAGAUCUACAACUUGAUUCGCAGCAUGAAGGAGAGUGGUGCUGCUGCAGUCGGAGAUGGCGAGGAGGGCGAGAUGAGCAUGAGACGUAUUCGUGAGCGUGUGCUGGCCCGUGGUUUCACCGAGGACAACCUCACCAUGACCAUUGAUGAAUAUGCCAACCUUAACCUCUGGCAAGUCACUGGUAACGGCACACGUCUGCUCUUCAAUGAAGUUGACGGCGAUAUGGACAUUUAA